UGCGACAGUUGUUUCGGAGCUACGAAACUGAAGGAAAAUAUUUUCAGCAUGAUGAGAGUCAGUGGAGUUCCUGUACUGCUUCUAGGUCAUUUAUGGAGCCGUAUAAUUAUUGAACAGUGCUACGGACUGACGUAUGAGGAUGUGAAGACAGCUGGGUCAGGAGUAGAAUUCUCUCCAAUGGAGCUAUUUACCCUGAAACAAGAAGACCUGGAACAAAGUCUUGUUUACCUGGGAAAGGACAGUCUGUCACUAGAACAAGCAUCUUCUAUAUGGAAGGCCUUAGUAAAGGCAUAUGGCGAUGUGAGCGAAAUACCUGACAAGUGUCUGCAGCAGCUAGGAUGGAUUGCUUCAGGUAUCCCACUGGAAGAUAUAAGUAACAUCACGGUAACUGAAAUUGAUACCAUUGCAGCCCUGGGUCAGUUCCACAAUCUGUCACUAACACAACUCACUGCUUUGGCAGCACAGGUCCACAAAAGCUGGGCAGCCAAGGAACCUGAAGACUACACAUGUUAUGAUCUGAUAGCAUUACAACAUAUACUGUGUGGCUUCAACCGCACUGCAAUCGAGAGGAUACAUCCAAGUCUCACUGCUUUGGCAGCACAGGUCCACAAAAGCUGGGCAGCCAAGGAACCUGAAGACUACACAUGUUAUGAUCUGAUAGCAUUACAACAUAUACUGUGUGGCUUCAACCGCACUGCAAUUGAGAGGAUACAUCCAAGUGCAUACAGUAAAGCUGCCAAAACUCUGGGAGGACUGAAGUACUGCCCAAUGGAGAUACUGCAAGGAUUGGCUACUUUAGCAAUUGACAGUGCAGCAUUUGGAAACACAGCUCUUUGGACACCAGCACAGGUGAAUGCCGUAGGCUGCGUGCUAGGAGGACUUGACAUGUCUUACAUUGCCUCCAUUCCUGCAAAGUCACUUGAAUUCUUGACACCUGAUGCUGCCAGAUGUAUACCUCCACAGCUAAUAAAGGCAAUGUCAGCAGCUCAGAAAGAGAAACUACAGUCAACCGCCACCACUCACUUCAGCAGAGAACAACGGGCAGCACUAAGCUCAUACAUGCAAGUAACUCACUGUAUGACCAACAGUUCUGAAAUAGACUGCAGCAGCUCUCCACGUGAGUUUGUGCCAUAA